CGCUUAUCACGUGGUUUUAUAUCCCUGAUAUUGAUCAUCACCUCGUUCUAUUUAGUUUCCUGCAUUGUCCUUGGUUAAUGUGCCUAAUCAACACUUAACAAAGCACUCUACUCUCAUAAAUCAUUAUUUCCUUCUUACAAGUGAUGAGAAGAAAUCAAUAACUAUAAACAAGUAAUAAAGAUGAUAUACUUAAAUAACCGCCAAUAACCGCUCAAGUGUUUCAAACUCAAUUUGUAAAUUCCACUGUAUUUAAACUCUUCUUAAUUUAGAAUUCCUUUCUCUAUUCUUCUCAAUUCUCAUCAUUGGAUUCAAUUAAACUCAUCCACUUACACACACAAAAAAUGGAACCAACCCAACAAGAAGUUGGAAUCAAAGUUUACAAUGCAACUCCAGCACCGUCCCAUGAUGAUACACGCAAUUCUUCCGGCCCAGUCACUCUUCCGGUGAUGCCUCCAGAGACUGUCCGGAAGAAUCGCCGUGCCAUCAUGGCAAAGGGUGUCCAGAAGACACUCAACAAGACUUCAUUACUCGGAAACUUCCUCCCAACGGGAACACUCCUCACAUUCGAGAUGGUCCUUCCAUCAAUCUACAAGAACGGACAAUGCAGUCACGUGCACAGCAUGAUGACCCACGUGCUCCUAACCAUAUGUUCACUCUCAUGCUUCUUCUUUCACUUCACGGACAGUUUUCCCGGGCCUGAUGGAAACAUUUAUUAUGGUUUCGUGACCCCGAAAGGACUGUCCGUGUUCAAACCGGGGAUUCCGGUUCAAGUGCCAAAGGAUGAGAAAUACAAGGUUUCCUUCACGGAUUUUGUGCACGCUUUCAUGUCCGUGUUAGUGUUCGUGGCAAUUGCUUUCUCGGAUCAUAGGGUUACUAAUUGCUUGUUCCCUGGGCAUGAAAAAGACAUGGAUCAAGUAAUGGAGAGUUUUCCGUUAAUGGUGGGAGUAAUUUGUAGCGGUUUGUUUCUUGUGUUUCCCAAUUUCAGACGUGGAAUUGGAUGCAUGUCUGCGUAA